AUGCCUUACGUCAAAGACAGCUCCUCUUCGGGAGCAUCCGAUUCCGAAUCCGGUCCCCAGGUACUCUACAAUGGCCAGCGGAUCGUGAGCGACUGGGAAUACGCCGGGGGCUCCAAAGCCACACGAAACGAGCCUCCUCUGAGCGAGCAACUGGAACCUAUUGCUGUCAUUGGAAUGGGUAUGCUAAACUUUGAUGAUAAUCAUUUUCAAGACGGUUGUGUUAACUAUCGAGCAGGGUGUAGGCUUCCAGGGGAUGUCUCCUCGCCCGCCGAUUUCUGGAAGAUGAUGCUCAACAAGGGCACUGGGCAGACGCCAAAGGUACCCCCAUCGCGGUUCAAUAUUGACGCACAUUUUCACGAGAACAAUGAUCGACCUGGUAGUUUUGGCGUGCUUGGUGGCUAUUUCUUGAACGAAACGUUGCAAGAAUUCGACCCCAGUUUCUUUGGAGUAACUCCUGUGGAGGCAAUGUGGAUGGACCCCCAGCAACGAAAGCUCCUAGAAGUGGUCUACGAGGCCUUUGAAUCAGCCGGUGUCAGCUUGCAGCAGGUUUCAGGAUCUGAUACCGCCUGCUUCAUUGCAACCUUCACGUCCGACUUCCAACAGAUGUCGUUCAAAGAACAUAGCUUUCGACACAGUCUAGCUGCUACCGGCGUUGACCCCGGGAUUAUUAGCAACAGGAUCAGCCAUAUCUUCAAUCUCCAGGGCCCCAGUAUCGUCGUCAACACCGCCUGUUCCUCGUCUGUAUACGCAAUUCACAAUGUUUGCAAUGCGUUGCGGACCAAGGAGUGCUCUGCCGCCGUCGUGGGUGGAUCAAACCUCAUCUUGACCGUCGACCAACACAUGAACACUGCCAAACUAGGUGUCCUGUCACCUGAAUCUACCUGCCACACCUUUAACGAACACGCAAAUGGCUAUGGCCGUGCAGAGGGUGUGGGUGCUGUGUACCUGAAGCGUCUCAGUGAUGCUAUCCGUGAUGGAAACCCUAUCCGAGGAGUUAUCCGAUCUAGCGCGACAAACAACAACGGCAAAGUUACCGGUGUUGGCAUUACUCACCCCAGCUAUGCCGGCCAGUGUGCCGUGAUCCGACAAGCCUAUCAGCGUGGAGGACCCCUGGAUCCAGCAUUGACGGGAUAUUUCGAGACUCAUGGAACUGGUACUGCCAUUGGUGAUCCGCUGGAGGUGAAAGCCGUUACAGAUUCGAUGAAUGAAUGGCGACCAGAAGAUACUGAGCCAUUGAUGAUUGGCGCGGUAAAGACAAACAUCGGCCACAGCGAGGCUGCCAGUGGACUCUCCGCCAUCAUCAAGGCUGUCUUGACGGUUGAACGGGGCAUCAUUCCACCGACUCGAGGAGUGACGAAACUGAACCCAAAGAUCGAUUGGAAAGGGUGGCAGGUUAAGGUCCCCACCGAACCGACGCCUUUCCCGGCCCAUAUUCCUGUCCGGCGAGUGAGUGUGAAUUCAUUCGGAUAUGGAGGAACAAACGCACAUAUCAUUGUUGAAGCGGCAGACUCCUUGCUUGCGGUACCGCAACAAUAUAGGUACACAACUCCCCAUGGUAGGCCUCGAUCCCGCAUAACCAGAAGGGCACUUGAACGGAAUCGGCCCUUUUUACUGCCAUUUUCAGCCCAUGAUAAGCCGACUCUCAAGCGGAAUAUUGAAGCCCACGGGGCGGUGGUCCAGCAGUACAAUCUGUUGGAUCUUUCCUAUACCCUCGCCAAUUGUCGCACGCUUUUCCCUAACCGGGGAUUCGCUGUCACGACAAACGCCCAGAAAGAAGCCAUGUUUUGUGAUGGAUUGCAGCAUUUCAUGUUCGCAGACAAGAAGAAAGCUGGAGCAUUGGCAUUUGUCUUCACCGGACAGGGAGCUCAGUGGGCCCGAAUGGGCGCAGAGCUGAUGACAUAUUACCCCAGCUUCCUGCAAAGCAUCAAGCGGAUGGAUACAGUCCUAGAGGAAUUGGAGGAUGCCCCUGAGUGGACGCUGGAGGACACUCUACUGGAGGACGCGAAGACGUCGCGGGUCAACAUGGCAGAAUUCUCGCAACCCCUGUGUACGGCAGUCCAGAUUGCUCUAGUUCAAUUGCUGAGACUGUGGGGCAUCACUCCAUCCGUCACAUGUGGUCAUUCAUCCGGUGAGAUAGCGGCUGCCUACGCGGCUGGCCUUUUAUCAGCUGCAGAAGCCAUUGCCCUGGCGUACUACCGCGGCAAAGUCGUGUGUGAUAUCAACACUAACGGCGCCAUGCUUGCUGUCGGUCUCGGAGCAGAAGCUGCGACUCCAUAUAUUGAAGAAUACAAUGGGUCUGUGGUGGUGGCAUGCCAUAACUCCCCGGCGGGCGCUACCUUGAGUGGUAACGCCGAUGCCCUAGAAGCCAUCCAGGAGAAGCUGACAGCUGAGAAAAUAUUUGCACGAAUUGUGAAGACGGGAGGGAAGGCGUAUCACUCCCAUCAUAUGAUGCCCGCAGCAACCAAAUAUGAAGCCUUAGUCAGGCGUGCCAGGAACGCUGGAAACUUGGACGGUCCCAAACUCUCUACGGAUAAUGUGAGGAUGGUGUCGUCUGCUACCAGCACAAUUUUCUCUGAUACUACUGUCCUCGACGAAUCGUACUGGAGUGCCAACCUUCUGAGCCCGGUUCUGUUUACACAGGCUAUCCAUAUCAUCGGCUCGAGCGCCGAAUUUUCGCACGUCGACACACUUAUUGAAGUCGGACCUCAUUCCGCACUUGCUGGUCCGAUCCGUCAGACGAAGGCUGAGUACAGCUUUGAGAGACUUCAGUAUCUCCCUACUUUAGUUCGGAAUGAACACUCGGCUCUAUCGCUACUGAAGUUGGCUGGGGAACUGUUCCUGCACGAUUACCCGUUCAACAUCGAACGCGCUACCUCAAUCGAAGAGACCUCUCCGAGUGGCAAGAUCUUUUGCUCUAAGGGCAGCUUAAUCGUUGAUCUUCCCCCGUACCAAUGGGAUAAGACCAAAAGAUUCUGGGUGGAAGGGCGUGAGAGUCGCGAGCACCGACAGGCAAGAUACAUGCGGCACGAUAUCUUAGGAUCGCUAGUUCCCGGCUGCUCGCUGGCGGAACCGUCAUGGAGGAACUUCCUCCGGAUUCGUGACCUUCCAUGGCUAAAGGAUCACUCGCUUGGCGGAGAAGCAGUCUUCCCCGCCGCUGGAUAUUUCUCAAUGGCAAUGGAAGCCGUCACACAAAUUGCUGAGAGAGCUCCCUCCCCAACAUCCGUUGAGGGAUACAUGCUCCGAGACGUCAGCAUCAAACAGGCUCUUGUUACACCAGACGACGAUACUGGCAUUGAGGUCAUGUUUAACAUGCGUCCCUCCAUCCAUGCCCUGACCGAGGACCAAACCCCCUGGUGGGACUUCAAUGUUUCUUCUGUCGGCGAGGGUGCGCACGUCAAAGAGCAUAUGGCCGGGAGCAUCGCUAUCACCACCCGUCGCCACGGACAGUCCAUUCGAAGUGUCCCCAAUCUUCCCCAGCGCGCCUCAGGAAAGUCCUGGAACCAGGCUCUUAAUGCUGUCGGGUUCUACUAUGGCCCAACCUUCCAGGAUAUGGAGAAUAUCCGUUUUGACGGCAAAACAUACGCUGCCACCUGCGACACCCGCAUCAAGACCACCGUCGAAGGGAUGGCCGGCGAAUCCAGACAUAUCAUCCAUCCAGCCUCCGUUGAUUCUUGUCUGCAGCUGCUGAUUGUGGCUAACUGGGCCGGACGCAGCACUAUGAUGACAUCCGGUGCUGUGCCUAUUCAAGUGGACGAAGUCACGAUCUGGAAGCCCACAGAUAAACAGGUCGAUGGCGGAGAGGCAACCGCCUUUUCAUGGAUCUCCCCACGUGGAUUUCGCGCCUUCAAUGGCCACAGCGAGCUUAAGGCUAAUGAUAACGAGCUUCUCGUGCAGAUUCGAAAUAUGAGAUGCAUGGCGUAUGAAGCUGCCGUCCCCCAGCAUGCUGGCGAGCCCGCAAAGCCUCAGCCUUAUGGGGAGAUGGCAUGGAAACUGGAUGUUGACUCGCUGCGUGGAAACUUCGAUUUAGACAUUGCGUCCUAUGCCGAGCUGGUCCAUUUCAAGAAGCCAGAAUCGAAGAUUCUGAUCUCCGGAGAAGAAACUGUGGAAGCUGUGCUGGCAAAUUUGCCUUCUGCGCGCACAGUAACGGCUGUAGCCCCUACGACUAAGCUCGUCGAUCAUCUGAAAACACGCUUUGCGGGUGUUGAAGGCUUGAAUAUCCAGAAAUUAGACUUCUCUGAAGACCUGGAAGGUCAGUCGAUGAAGGAGGGGUCCUACGAUCUGGUACUUGCGCCCACUGAUUUGCGUGACAAUCCCCAGAUAGCGCAACGACUCCUGGCCCCAGGAGGAAAAGCGGUCAUUGAAGUUGAUACCGAUGGAUAUGUGGAACUUGGUAUUCCCGGAAAAUGUCUCUCCUUGGGAAACGGCUCGACAAUUGUCCUGAGUAGUGAAGAUGCGAUGUCCAAUGGCACGAGCCAUACCAAUGGCACCUCUUCUCAUACAGUUCAUCUCGUGUAUUGCGAAAAGCCCUCGGAGGUCAUGAGUGGUCUUGUCUCUGCGCUGGAAGCUCGCGGAUUGCAGACCAAGGCAAGCAGAAUCGUGGAUUAUGUUGAUGCAGGUGACAUUGUUCUGAUGCUCGCCGAUCUCGAGCGACCGUUCCUUCAGACUAUCACUGAACAGGAGUUCCAUGGCCUACAGCGAAUCACAAACACGGCCAAGAAUCUCCUCUGGGUUACGACCGGUGGCCUCUUCGAGGGCAAAAGCGCAGACAGCGCCAUGGCAUCAGGCUUGAUCCGAUCCCUCGCCUCCGAGCAGGUUUCUCUAAAUGCAACUUUGAUCGACUUCGACAUGGAAACGACGUCCAACGAAGACCUCUUCCACAUUGUGGGACAUCAUGUCACGGAUAAACUCCACAACUCGACCUCAGUUGAUAAUGAAUUCUGUGUCUCUCGCGGCAAAGUCUUCAUCAGCAGACUUGUUCCCAGCGAGAUUAUCAACAAUACCUACUCAGUUGAUGAGACGAAACCGCGGCCGACGAUCUUUGACCCGCAAUUGCCCAUAGUUGGGAAGCUACAGUCCGGAAAGGUACUUUUCGAGAUAGAUGCCCGUGUUGGGGGUCCUCUUGAUUCUGAAAUGGUCGAAGUUCGCGUGCUGGCGACUGGUUUGAACAAGGAGGACGCCGUCAUUGCCUCCGGGACCGAUUUCCCAACCGAUUUCAGCCAUGAGAUAGGCGGCACAGUUAUUAGAGCCGGGUCCACCGCAAGCGGAUUCACACCAGGUGACAGGGUGGUUGGAUUCAGUUUCGAUAAGUUUGCCACGGUGCAACGAGUCCAUCAGAGCCUUUUGCAGCAGCUCAAGCCCGCGGAAUCUCUAGCAGAGGUUACAAGCCUCCCCAUGGCUUACGGAGCAGCUAUAUACGGUCUGCACACCCUCGCGCACAUUCAAACGGGUGAGGUGGUCCUUAUAUUGGCAGGAGCUGGAUUAGCUGGUGCUGCUGCAGUGCGGAUCACCCAGGCUGCUGGUGGCUAUCCCUAUGUGAUUGCCGAGAGUCCAGCGCAGGCAGACUAUAUACGAACCCAGUUUGAACUCGAAGCUAACCAUGUUCUUGUUGGCUCGGAAAUCUCUCGCCUCCGCGAGGUAAAUGGCGAUUACAAGGCUGAUAUCAUCUUUUCAUCCGGUUGGGUGGCCGCAUCUGUGGCACGAGAAGCCUGGCGGCAUAUCGCACCCUUCGGUCGCUUCAUCAACUGCGGUCGGAAGGACGUCCUUUCCCGAAGCACACUUGACACCGUUCCGUUCCAUCGUGGUGCACAGUACCUUUCCUAUGACCUUUUGGAACUCUACGAGCACAAGCCGCAGGCCAUGGCUCAACUGCUGAAAGAGACGAUCGAUAUCUAUCGACAAGGCAGCAUAUCUGCACCGUUACCCCUGCAUCAGAAGAAUAUAGCCAAUUUAGACGAAGCGAUCUCAUCGUUCUCAGACAAUUUUGAGGCCGGAAAGACCAUCAUUCUGCAUGAAACAUCGGAAAGCACGGUGAACCUUCUUCCGCCACGGCCUCACCUGAGACUCCACGCGGACGCGACAUACUUCCUCGUUGGGUGUCUAGGAGGGUUGGGUCGGAGCUUGACUGCGUGGAUGAUGAAGAAGGGAGCCCGAAAUUUUGCGUUCCUGUCUCGUUCUGGGGCGGACUCCCGACAGGCCUCCCUCCUCGUUGAACAGCUGCGGGCUGCCGGUGCCACGGUGCAGGUCUUCCGGGGAGAUGCUGGCGCCAAAGCGGAUGUGGAGGCUGCCCUCAGUGGUAUCCCAGCAGAGCGUCCUGUCCGUGGAGUCAUCAAUGCUGCUAUGGUCCUGAAGGACGGUCUGUUCCACAACAUGCCAUACGAGAACUGGACAACCUCCAUCCACCCCAAGGUAAUCGGGACAAAGAAUCUCCACCAGGUGCUCCAAAACACUCCUCUCGACUUCUUCGUAACCACAAGCUCUGUAUCCGGUAUCUUGGGAACACCCGGCCAAAGCAACUACGCCGCAGCAAACAGUUACCUGGCCGCUCUAGCACGACACCGUCGCACCCUCCAGCAAAGCUCCGUAUCCAUCAUCCUCCCAAUGAUCCUCGGCAUCGGCGUGGUCGCCGAGAACACCGAGCUCGAAGACUCCCUCAAGCGAAAAGGCAUGUACGGCAUCGACGAAGAAGGGGUAUUGAACGCAUUUGAGAUCGCAAUCAUCGAGCAAAGCCGAGGCGGCAUCUCAGACCACCUCGUUGUCGGGCUAGAGCCAGCCGAGCUCGUAAAGGCAGGGCAAGAAGCUGGCGAGGAGGUUGAUCCCUUCUGGGCAUCAGAUGUCCGGUUCAGUCAUACCGUCCACGCGAUGAAGUCGCGAAGCGACGAUGCGUCUACGGGGGGCAGUCAGAGCAUUCUGGCAUCGCUGCAGAGCCUAUCAUUCCGCGAGGCGGUUGAUGCCGUGCGGCAACAUUUUGUUGCAAAGCUGGCGCGCAUGCUCAUGUUGAACGCAGAGGACUUUGAGGAGAGUCGCUCGGUGGCAAGUUACGGGGUUGAUAGUAUGAUUGGGGCGGAGCUGCGUAACUGGAUUUUCAAGGAGCUGGCGCUUGAUAUCUCGUUCCAGCAGCUGUUGGGUCCGACGUUGACGAUUUCGAAGUUUGCAGAGCGGGUGUGUGCGAAGCAUGGGAUUGAAGCUGUGUAG